AUGAGAAAUGAACUUGAAUCUCAGAUUCUCAAUUACAGAUUGCAAAAUAUCUAUGAUCUCACUUCGUCGUCACAUCUUUUUCUUUUGAAGUUUGCUGUUCCAGACUCGAAGAAGCUUGUUAUCGUUGAUCCUGGAUUCAGAAUUCACUUAACUGAGUUUUCUAGAUCAACUACUCAAAGUCCGUCUGGAUUUGUUGCAAAGCUUCGAAAACAUUUGAAAACCAGAAGACUAUCGAGAAUCAGCUUGGCUCCAUUAAAUAGACUUUUGGUGUUUAGCUUUUCAGAUGACUUUUCUUAUCAUCUGGUUUUAGAGUUCUUCGCCGGUGGAAAUAUGAUUUUGUUAGACAAACAAUUUAAAAUUCUUUCCCUCCAAAGAACUGUGUCUGCAACUGAUACUCAAUCAAGAUGUGCAGUAGGCGAGAUAUAUCCCUUGGAUGACUAUCUAAAAGACGACGGUUCGGCGGAUGUUUCAUUUGAUGUUAAGUCUGUAAAGCAAUGGCUAGGGGGCUCUUCAAACAAUGUACCUGAAGCGAUUGCUGAAGACGACAGUCAAUCUGCAUCUACUAAUUUGCUGAAUUCAGAUCUACCAAAAACAAGUACCUCAGGCCCUAAGAAAAAGAAGGAGGCAAAAAUUGCAUUGAAGAAGCUGCUUUAUAUCAAGGUCCCAGGAAUCGCCGCCGGAAUCUUUGAGAAGGCCCUACUAGACCAAUCGAUUGAUCCUGACAUCAAGGAUUUUGGUCCAUUACUUUCCAGCGAAGCUGAGAUAACUCGACUCUUAACCGCUGUAAAGAAUGCCUCUGAGAUUUCCAAGUCGUUGACUUCCAAGUCAUCCACACCUGGCUACAUUGUUGCCAAGAAAAAUGCUCAAUUUCAACAAUCAACGAGUUCUGAUUCUGUUGAUGAAAGCAAGUUCUCGCCUGAAACGUCAAUAAAUAAUUCAUCAAUAGAGUAUCUCUAUGAAGAAUUUGAACCCUUUGAACCUCGAGCUUUUUCAAACCCCGAUAUUAAAGUGUUUGAAAUAGAGACAUUUAAUCAGGCUGUGGACAAGUAUUUCUCAACUCUCGAGUCAACCAAAUUGUCUCUGAAAAUAUCGAACCAGGAGCAACAAGCUGAGAAGAGACUUAAUGCUGCGAGAGAUGAAAAGGAAAAGAGAGUCAAAGGACUUGUUCAAGUGCAGCAGAAAAGCAGCACCCUUGGUUAUGCGUUGCAGGCUUAUGCUAGCCGAGUGGAAGAAGCAAUUGAAGCUGUUCAAGGUUUACUUCAACAAGGAAUGGAUUGGGUUGACAUUGAAAACCUUAUAAAGGUAGAACAAUCGCGAGGAAACCCUGUGGCCAAUACUAUUGCACUUCCAUUAAAUCUUCUUAAAAACAAAAUCACUGUUAUUCUACCGGAUCCUGACUUUGAACAAGACUUGGAGGAAGAUGAUGAUGAUAAAGACACAUCAGAUUCAGAAUCGGAUUCGGACUCGGAUUCUGAGAGUGAGUCGGAGUCGACGGCCAAGAAUGUCAAAACCAAAAAGAAGGCUGCUCCAACUGUGAAGGUUGAGAUUGAUAUUACUCUAUCGGCCUGGGCCAAUUCCAGAAAAUAUUUCGAAGUGAAAAAGACUGCUGUUGCCAAGCAGGAACGGACACUUCAGCAAGCAGAUCAGGCCUACAAAAGCGCAGAAAAGAAAAUUAAGCGUGACUUGAAGAUGGCUUUGGAAAAGGAAAAGGGACAACAACACACUCUUCAUGCCAUUAGGGAAACAUAUUGGUUUGAGAAGUUUUACUGGUUCCUCAGUUCAGAUGGAUAUCUCUGUAUUGGAGGACGCGAUUCAUUUCAAAAUGAACUCUUAUUGAGACGCUAUUUCAAAAAGAACGAUAUCUAUGUCCAUUGUGAUGUGGGUGGUGCAUCGGUUGUCAUUAUUAAAAACCACAUUGCUGACUCUAGGGAAGUUCCUCCAGCCACAUUGACUCAGGCAGGUGUACUCUCUGUUGCCACAUCCAAGGCUUGGGAUUCGAAAAUGGUCACAUCUGCCUGGUGGGCGACUCGAGACCAAAUUCCUCGCUUAACUCCCGAAGGUGACAUUGUUCGAUCAGAUCUGAUUAUUGUUACCGGUGAAGGAAAACACUUUCUCCCUCCAAGUCAGUUGGAUAUGGGCUUGGGAUUCUUGUGGAUGGUAUCUGAAGAUGCAGCUGCAAAGUAUAGUAAGCGAGGAGGUAAAAACAGAAGGGACGGCGAGACUACAGAUGUGACUAAUGAAAACGAGAAUAAUAGCGAUAGUGAUAGUAGUGAAGAAGAAUUCCCCGAUACUCAGAUUGAUUCUGACGAGGAGUUCCCAGACACUCAGAUUGCAUCGGAUGACGACUUAGAAGAUGAAAAUGAUGUUGCCGAGGAGGACAAUGAGGAAGAAGAAGCUAAUUCGGAGCUCGAGGAUAUCCUUAAGGAUGAGUCUAAAGAUGCCCUUAGUGAAUCUGAACAGUCUGAUCAGGAAGCUGAUCCUGAAAAUGAGGCAAUCGCUGAUAGCUAUGACAAGGGCGACGCACACAAUGGUGCUGGUCCUGGUGAAGCUGAAGCUGAUGCGGAUAUGGAUGUCGGCGCUGAUGCUGAUGCUGAUUCUAGUGAUAUCUCUCGUGGACCAGACUCUGAGAACAGAUCAGGUACUACUGGAAAGCGUAUAUCUGCUGCUGAAAGGCGCAGACUACGGAAACAAAAACUACGCUCAGAUUCAAACACACCGGAACCUGAAUCGUCGACAGCCCCUGUUUCAUCAGCUGUUUCGGAUAUUGAAAAGGCUCUCAGUGAUCUUCAAGUUUCCAAGAGAGAAAAGGAGCCUGCUGCUCAGAAGCCAGCAAAAGUUCGAGGUAAAAAGGGUAAACUCAAGAAAAUUGCCUCGAAAUACGCUGACCAGGAUGAAGAGGAGCGAUCUAGACGUAUGGAGUUACUCGGAACGACCCGUGGUCUUGAAAAAGCCAAGGCACAAGCUGAACAGGAAAAGGCUAAACGCCAACAGCAAGAGCAGGCUCGUCGUGAUCGACAAAACCGUGCUAAAGAACAGGAAAAAAAGCGUCUUCUCGAGGCUGAAGAACUGGGUGAUGACGAUGAAGAAGUUGAUGACGACUCAAAGUAUCCCUUCGACAAGCUCGUGCCUCGUCUUUCUGUCGGAGACGAACCACAAACAAUUGUACCUGUAUUUGCUCCCUGGGGUGCACUACAGCGAUACAAGUAUAAAAUGAAGUUUCAACCAGGAACUGUCAAAAAGGGAAAAGCCGUUAAGGAUAUCCUCUAUAGCAUUAACAAUGCCAAAGUCGAUGCCACCGCUAGCGACGACGACUACCCCUGGCCCAACGAGAUCGCGCUAGUACGCUCUCUGAAAGAACCUGAACUGCUUCUUGCAAUCGGCGUCGGCAGGGUCAAGAUAUCAAUUCCUGGCUCCCGUCAAAAGGCUGUCAAGGGCGGCAGCAAAGGCCAAAAGGGAGGUUCCAAACGUGGAAAGGGGUCUAAACGAUAA